CAGUUCAAAUCAGUCCGACAAAGUCCGAGCUCUGAGGUUGUGUCUGCGGGGGAAAGGGCGCUUUUAUCUUCCUGUAAUUUCUAAGAAGAAAAAGAAAAAAACAACAAAAAAAAACAAGGAAGACGUGGAGCGGACCAGGGCACAUGGAAACACUAUGCGGCUGGAAAGACGACGGUGGACUUUACCUUAGUUUCACUGGAGAAAAGAGGCGAAGUGAGGCGAGAUAAACAUGCUCACCCCGGUGCUGGCCUCAGUGCUGCCUCUGCUGCUUCUCUGCCGGAUUUCUUUUUGCCAAUACUCAAGUGAUCAAUGCAGCUGGAAAGGCAGCGGUCUGACUCAUGAAGGCCACACCAGAGACGUGGAGCAGGUGUACCUACGUUGUUCGCAAGGCUCCCUGGAGUGGCUGUACCCCACCGGGGCCGUCAUCGUCAACCUGCGACCCAACACGGUGUCUCCCGCCGCCUCCCGCCUCUCCGUCUGCAUCAAACCCUCCGCAGACUCCACCGGCACCAACAUCUACCUGGACUGCAACGGCAAGCUGCGCUUGCUGCUGCACGAGCGGGACCAGGCUCAAGGGAAGGUGCACUGCUUCAGCAUCCAGGAGGGGGCGCUCUUCAUCGAGGCCGUCCCGCACAUGGACAUCAGCCGGCGAAUCACGGCUUUCCAAUACGAGCUGGUCAGCAACCGGCUGGGAGACGUGCACUCACUCGAUGCACCGUGUCAGCCCUGCAGUGAUGCUGAGAUUCUUCUAGCAGUCUGCACCAGUGACUUUGUGGCACGAGGCAGCAUUCAGAAGGUCAACCAGGAGGAGGAUCACUCAUCCGUGACGGUGUUGAUCAGUCGCCUCUACAGGCAGAAGACCCAGGUUUUUGUGUCGGGCGGCGUGAGGGUGCGGAGCUGGACGGGUCUCAUCAAGAUGCCCCUUCAGUGUGGAGUGAAAUCUGGAGAGGGCGAGUUUUUAUUAACGGGGACUGUGAGGUUCGGGGAGGCCUGGAUGGGCUGCGCCCCUCGCUACAAAGACUUCCUGCGGCUGUAUCACGAGGCGCAGCUGCACGGGACGAACCCCUGUCACGUGGACACCGACUGACGGGUCUGGAAACAGAUUAAUCCUCAAUGAGCCGCGAGCCGAGCUGGACUGAGACCCGGUGCCGAGGACAGACGGACUGACUGACCCGGCGGCACGGCUUUGCUCGUCUCGCGCUGUCCCGUGAAUCUCUCGGUGACAAACGAACGCAGAUGCUGAACGUUGCCAGGCAACGCGGUGUCAGAGCUCCAUUUACAGCUGAAUGUGAUGCCGCGUGGAGCAUGUUCACAUCGUCACCUGUAAAGUAUUAAAUGUAGCAAAAAAAAGAGACCAUUUGGUUUUAUGUGUAUAAAAUGUGAAUGAAUAUUGUACAUUUUGAAGUUCUCUGCUUUGUAAAGAAAAACACUUGCUGUACAGUUUUGACCUUGUUUCUUAAGACAAAUGUAUAAAGUGAAAGUCUCUUAUUUUGUAUUAAAAAAAAACAAAAUUUUAGUGCCUGAAUUACUUCUUUCAGGCUGUACAAUUGUUAAAAAAAAAAGUUUUGUGACCCGUUAAGAAUAAAAAAGAAAUCC